AUGCCCCGGUACCCGAGAAGUCUCUCCAAUGCACUCGAAAGCCAAAGCACGCGGUGUGAAUUUGGCCGAAAUCUCGCAGACAACGUGAAAGAAGGUUAUUUAAGAAUAGAAACCCGCCUUGCCGAAUACGGCAAGAACCAGAUGCCCUCAACCAUGCUUCUGCAUGGAUAUUGGGAGGAGGACACCAUAUCAGAGCCUCAGGCCGCUGGUCACUCUUCGCCAGCCAAUCGACUGAGACACACAGUAACUUCGGAGAGCCAUACGGGGCGGUCAGGCACAAAGAAGCGGACCUCACACGGGCCCGGCCAGAGACGGGCGACCCUUGACACGCGCGCGCACUCAUCGGCCUGUGUGGAAGCUGACUUGCUGGACGGCGUUGAGAACAGCCACCGCCACGACAUACGCAGUAAGCGUCACGUCCCCGAGAGCCGGCACAGACAGGUUGACGGGCUGGAAAAGCAGAGCAUGGGUCAGAUACCCUAG